AUGCCAUCCUUGCAGGGGCUGCCUACACCUCCUCUCUGUCCUCCCACCCCCCCUCUCCCUGCUGCUGCUCCUCCGCCUCCUCUUCCAUCCACUUCUCUUCCUGCACAAUUGUCUCCUCCUCCUGCAGAGCCCCAAGAGCAGGAGGAGGAACCGGAGGAGCAGGACAAUCCACCUCCUGCUCCAACCAGGAUGCUCCCAACAAGAAAAGCAUGGGAGAAGGGAAAGGGAAGGGCACAUCAGGUGACUUCUCCCUCUGAAGAUGAAAUGGAGGGGGAGGACCAAGUUUUGGAAUUGGAAUUGGAGGUCAGGGUGGAGGACAAGAAGUCUUGGCAGGAUGCAGUGCACAAACAUAAUCCUGAUUCCUGUUCUAGCACUUUUGUCCACAACAAUGACAUGGCUGAGGAGGGUGUCAUUGCCUCCAAGAACUACCCUCUCCCAUCUGCAGACAUGUGUGUCCCUCUGGAUCCCAAGAGAAGAUCAAGAUUUCGGUUUUCUGAAGGCAGGUUCAACAGGUUCAAACAGGGGGAUAUGCCAGUUGCUCAAUUGGGUCUAGAUCAUGCAGCAACCUACCUGGGCAAUCAAUUGCAACAUGCCACAGAGAUCCUGGCUGUUCUGUCUGCCAAUUACCAAACUUUUGUCAACUCAGUAACUUUGGCAUGCCAGAAGGAACAAGAACAGAAUUACCUUGAAACUCAAUGGCAGUACAGGGUGGGCCAGGGGCAGGAGCAGGAGCAGGAGCAGGAGCAGGAGCAGGAGCAGGAGCAAGAGCAGGGAAAGAAUGCAGAGAAGGCGCAGACUGAUGCUGCAGAAGAGCAGGAGCAGCAACAUGAACAGGAACUGCAUGGACUCUUUGACAACAAGGUGACCCUGGUUCAAGAACUGACCCCAGCUCCAGAACUGGCCCCAGUGCCUCUGCCAGAGCCCCUCUUCUGUCCUGAGACACCUGAGCCAGGGGAAAGCCCCCUGACAAAGAACCCUGUCUGCACAUGGACUGACUCCAGCAUGGCUGUGCCCAGCAUUGCUGCUCUUCAAGUUGACAACAAAAUUGCAGAAGAUGUUGACCAACUCAAAGAAGACAUCUCUGUCAAGCCCAAGACCAGGAAGCACAAAAUCCCUGCUUCCAAGACAGAGGGAUGGAAACGCCAGAGGAGGAAGUGA